AUGUGGAGUCGCAGUGUCUGGCGGCUCCUGCUAUCUGAAAGCAGCGGGUGGCGCCAGGUUUCAACCCCGGACGGGCGUUUCUCAUGGGCACUGCGGAGAGACUUCUUCACCACCACAACCAAGGAAGAAUAUGAUACAAGGCGAGUGGACAUAACUCCUUCAGAACAAAGAAAAUUAACUUUUGAUACUCAUGCAUUGGUUCAGGACUUGGAAACUCAUGGAUUUGACAAAGCACAGGCAGAAACGAUUGUAUCAGCAUUAACCCCUUUAUCAAAUGUCAGCUUGGAUACUAUCUAUAAGGAAAUGGUCACUCAAGCUCAACAGGAAAUAACAGUACAACAGCUAAUGGCUCAUUUGGACUCCAUCAAGAAAGAUAUGGUCAUCCUAGAGAAAAGUGAAUUUGCAAAUCAGAGAGCAGAGAGUGAGAAAAUGAAAAUUGAAUUAGAACAAGUUAAGCAACAGUUGAUAAAUGAAACCAGUGAAAUCAGAGCAGAUAAUAAACUGGAUAUCAACCUAGAAAGGAGCAGAGUAACAGAUAUGUUUACAGAUCAAGAAAAGAAACUUAUGGAAGCAACCACAGAAUUUACCAAAAAGGAUACCAAAACCAGAAGUAUUAUCUCAGAGACCAGUAAUAAAAUUGACACUGAAAUUGCUUCUUUAAAAACACUAAUGGAAUCCAACAAGCUUGAGACAAUUCGUUAUCUUGCAGCCUCAGUGUAUUCUUGCCUGGCAAUAGCCUUGGGAUUUUAUAGAAUCUGGAAAUAA